UAGGCCUACUAACUUGAAAUGCCGAGGCUGUGCGCGACACAAGGGUUCUGGUUCAAGUCCCGGUUCCUUCUAGCCGAGCGUCAAGAUGUCCCUGGGCAAACAGACACCAAACCCUAACUGCUCUUUUAGUCCCAGCACACCCCUACAGGAGGACGCCCCGGGCUUCAGGAAGACGUCCACUUUGGGGGAGCAGAUCCACUGUGUGGUGUACGUGUUUGACACGUGCCAACUGCUCUGCGACGAGAUCAUCGAGAAGAUGGCCGCCAUCCGCAAGAAGACCAACCUGAUGAACAUUCCCCAGCUUCUGCUCAUGACCAAAGUGGAGGAAGCUUGUCCACUUGUAAAGGAGAACUUAUCCAACGUUUACCACAGUGAAUACAUCUACAAGAAGGCCCAGCAGCUCAGCACGGCCCUGGGCAUCCCUCUGUGCUGCGUGCUGCCGGUGAAGAACUACAGCGAGGAGCUGGAGCUGAGCACAGACCUGCUGCUGCUCAACGCUGUGCAGCAGAUGCUCCACUACGCCGACAGCUUCUUCGACAACCAGCCGGAGAGUGAGAGCGAUACCGAGCAAGAGAUGACCACGAACAGAAAUGACGUUUAAAAAAAUGUGCAUUCUGUAAUGAAUACAUAUCUUUGUUUGAAUAGAUCUUUGUAAAUAAUCUGAGACAAUUAUGUUGUUUAAUCAGUUUCCAUAAGAAAAUUGUAAAUUAAUCAGAUCAGAUUAGGUUAGGUUAGAUUACAGUCAAAUAGAUAGGGCUACGUGGCCCCGUUUAAUUCAUUCAUGCAUUUUGUUCUAUUCUACUAUUGAGCAAAUUAAUAAAGUUUGAGUUGAACUGUUGGAAUCUCAUCUCAAAACCUCUGUCUAUUCU